GCAAACAUUUUUCAGGUUGUCAGUGUCAGUCAGUAUUCGCGCGACCCGCGCUGAGUUCACUCGUGUCUGAUAGUUCACGCCGCUCGCUACGAAACUUUCGCGCGUAAAAGUUACGAAGUUAUAUCGGAGUGAAUUAUUUUUGAAUCGUGUAAAUAAGUGUUUACUACAUUGUACUAUAUGUGUUAAUGUGUUUUUCAAGACGCUACGUCGGAGUGUGGCCGGAUUUCACCGCGUACCAUGCCAUCAUAACCUAAAACCUCUAAAAUGUGAGCAGACUACAUGGUUUCACUACACCAUGACACCAACAACGAUACCUUCAACGCCACGGACCUAUCGAACUAUACGGAGUAUGCAGAAAUACCGUAUUACAUAAAAGCGACGUCUAUGAGUUUCUGCAUAGUGAUCAUGUGUUUAGGAGUGAUAGGGAACGUGAUGGUCCCGAUAGUGAUACUGAAGACGAAGGAUAUGAGGAAUUCGACGAAUAUCUUUCUGGUGAACCUGAGUAUUGCGGAUUUGAUGGUGCUGCUGGUGUGCACGCCGACGGUGCUGGUGGAGGUCAACUCCAAACCGGAAACUUGGGUUCUGGGGAAGGAAUUAUGCCUGGCCGUCCCCUUCGUAGAGCUGACAGUAGCCCACGCCUCCGUGCUGACGAUCCUGGCUAUCAGCUUCGAGCGCUACUACGCCAUCUGCGAGCCUCUCCGCGCCGGCUACGUCUGCACCAAGACCCGAGCCACGCUUAUCUGCGCUCUGGCCUGGUUCUUCGCCGCUUUGUUCACUAGUCCCAUCCUGGGCAUCGCGGAGCACACGGAGGACUGGGGCGACGAAGGCGCGCACUCGCGCUGUCUCACGCCGGCCCGCACCCCCUGGCAGAUCAGCUUCUUCCUCAUGGUCAUCGUCUUCCUUUACUUCCUCCCCCUCAUCAUCCUGAUCGUCCUUUACAGUGUCAUCGCCAAGAACCUCAUCACCGCGGCCUCCAAAGUCGUCAUGAACAAGACUGUCGAUCCCUACAACGCUAGAGCUAGGAAACAAGUGAUUUUGAUGCUCGGGACUGUAGUCCUUUGCUUUUUCAUUUGUUUAAUGCCGUAUAGAAUACUUAUUUUAUGGAUAAUAGUAACCCCGUCAGAAUGGACGGAGAGUAUGAACCCAGAAACGUGGUACAGCAUCCUUUAUUUCUCUAGAAUAAUGUUAUACAUUAACUCUGCUAUAAACCCUAUAUUGUACAAUCUAAUGUCGUCCAAAUUUAGAAUAGGUUUCUGCAAAGUGUGCAUCUGUUAUAAAAAAGUAGCUGUUAGAAAUCAAAGCGUGGAAAACAGGACGAACGGGUCAACGACCAGCAGCAGUUUGACGCGCACGACCAAUAGUUUGAAGAAGUUGUUCCAUAGAGGAAGUUUAGACAAAACUGACACGGUUAAAGUUAAAACUAAUUUCUUUGAUAGGUUAUUGAAUAAGAGAUUUAUUAGACAGCAGUCGGAGCCGGUAUGUGGUUCAAAGGUGACUAAGAUAAACAGGAUGCGGAGUGAGGGCAGUAUGGUUGAGGUGGCGACGGUGGAUCGGUCCGAUAUGGACGAUGUUAGUGUUAACCGGCCAGACAUCGAGUUGGACGGCCGGGGCUCGUUACGACGUAGUGUACUAAUAAACAGUGCGAAAGCUAAGAGCAUAGAGUGUGAAAGCAAAAUAUUGAGGCAUAAAAUAAAAGUUGACUGCGUGGUGAAGUCGAGGAGUGUCCCCAUUCUCGGCGUAGCUACCUUCACCUAUGAAGUCUACGAAGAUGGCUCGGAGCACCCCGUGUGCCUCACCCAGGCCGACACCUUCUGGUCGGCCCUCUUCUUCAUCCUCACAAUUGCCGUCUUCUUCAUAGUUCCCCUCGGAGUCCUGCUCGUCCUCUACAGCGUCAUCGCCAAAAACCUCAUGGAGAAUCCCGUCAUCAUCGCACAGAACUCCAAAAACAACAACAACACAAACAACGUUCUAAGAUAUAGGAAACAAGUCAUCUUAAUGCUGGGAACUGUUGUCUUAUCCUUCUUCCUUUGUUUACUGCCUUUCAAGGCACUUACACUGUGGAUCAUAGUAUUUCCACCCGAGACAAUAAUGUCGUUAGGUAUAGAUGGGUAUUAUAUACUUUUGUAUUUUUGUAGAGUAAUGCUGUAUUUGAAUUCCGCAAUAAACCCGAUAUUGUACAAUUUGAUGUCGUCGAAGUUUAGAGAGGGAUUCGUCAAGCUGUUGAGAAUAAAUAAGUUGAUGAAUUGUGGGAGGAGCUUGAGACAGAAUGUGCAAAGGAGGGAUACAUUUAAUACGACUACUUCAACUGGAUUCUCAAGCAGUCAACACAAUUCUGAUUCUUUCUGGAGAAGAUAUAGUAAUAGAACAAGCUCGCAAAAGAAUGUCAUUAAAGACAGUAAGAAGAAACGAGAACCAGAACCUAAUGUCCAACAGUUAAAAGUAGGAGAAAUUGUCAAUGUCGUGAAUACAAGACGCAAUAGCAUGCAGUUUAUAUCUGCCAUGAAUGAACUUAACGAUAAUAAAAUAGAAGUAGAAGUACAUGAACAUAACUGCCAAGACGAAAACACUGCCAGUGAGAACAAUAAACAGAUACAAAUAUUAAAUCUAGAUGUAAAGACAAAUAACGUGUAUUCUAUAACUCUAGAUGUAACAGAGAAGAGUGAAGGCAAGAAUAGGUUUGUCUGUGUACCGGUCCAAGAUAGGGAGAACAAAAAUAUAUUUGUAUACGACUUUAAAAGUAAAGAAAGUUUUGUGUAAGAAUAGAAUUAAUUUUUGUAUAAAGUCUAGAUCACAACUUUUAGUAAUGUAUUGAUAAUUUAAUUUUCAAAUACGGAUUACUGAGAGGUUUUUACAGGUAUACUUUGAAAGUACAUAUUCGCAAAAGUCGAAUCAACGAGAAUUUUUUUACCAAGGCCAGGGUAUGAAAUGUAGGAGAAUCUAACGGGUUUAAGGUGGAAGAAUACUAUACUAGGCCUAUGAAACGAGUUGUUAGCGAGUGGUAUAACAUAACUGUUUAUAUUAUAGUACUAAAGAUAUUGUAUCAUCUAAUAAUUAUGACUAAAUUCUUAAACUUAGUAUUUUCUGUUUUCCAUUAGAAUUAAUGACACAUGUGUUUCCUAAAAGUUGUGGUCAAGCAAAUUAAGUUGACGUCUCGUUAUUUUAGAAGGGCUUAUGUACAAGUAAUUUUGUAAGCAAAUAGGAUCUUCUAGAAUAGAAAGACUAUUCGUACUAGUAGAGUAUGGUGCGUUGGCGUUGUGCCAAGUAAAAAAAUGCAUUUAUACAGACUUAUAGACAAAUUAAAAUGUAUGUAUUUUAUUACAGUUUUGGCUUGAAAAGCUUUUUCAGAUAUAUGUUUAUGAGUUGUUGCGAUUGUAAAAGUUAAGCAGAUAGAAAUAUUUUGCAAUAAACGGAACCGUAUUCUUAAUAAAAAUAUUUUUCUUGCUUAGCAUACUAUACCUCUCAUGUCGAAGGAUGGUUCCUAUGACUGAAAUUUUUAUAUUGCGUAGCUGUCUAUGUUUGUACACAUUUUGGAAGUUUAACACAUUAAGUUAUUUUUUUAAAUUAAGCUCAACCAAUAGAGACUUGAAGGAAGUGAUAAACUCACAGGGACAAUCAUUUGACGUGUAUCAAAAUAUUAUUUCAUUGUAUAAUUUUAAUUUAUUAUAAUUAUUAUAGCAAUCAUCUUAGUUUAAAAACAAACUUUUUAUCAUUCAUAUACAAAAGUUAGUUUGAAUAAAAGUUUAGCAUAUCUUACCAAAAAUAUGUUGUAAAAUUUAAUAUUUGCUGUUACACUGCUGUACACUUUAAAUGUGCGUUUCAAAAGAUCUUUAAACGUAAAUAUAUACUUCAAAAUAUAAUAUAGUUACCAGAUAUAUAUGAAUAUCAAUUCCAUGUUAUAUGAAUGACACUGCCUAUUUCAUGUGAUGGUAUAUUAAACAUAUUGUUUAUACCAA